AUGACAACACAUUACACAUGGAUAUAUGACAAGAUUCAUCAUGAAAUCAAUCAGUUCUGCAGCCAUCAUACUCUUCAAGAAGUUUAUAUUGAUGUUUUUGAUCAGAUUGAUGAAAAGAUGAAAGAUGCUCUUCAAGGUGCUUGUACACGUUAUGUGCCUGGUAUUGAAAUCGUAAGUGUCUGUGUAACGAAGCCCACCAUUCCAAAAAGCAGACAGAGAGUUGCUGAGAAAGAGACAGAGACCACAAAGAAGAUGGCUAUCAGUGAGGCUGAGAAGAAUGCCAAUGUGAGCAAGAUUCUCAUGGAACAGAAUAUGAUGGAGAAAGACAGUGCAAGACAGAAGCAAGAGAUUCAGAACCAAAUGAAUAUGGCUCAUGAAAAGAGCCUGGCAGAUGCUGCUUUCUAUCGGGUCAUGAAAGAAGGUGAAGCAAACAAGUUGAAGCUUACUCCCCAGUUUCUUGAGCUGAAAUUUAUCGAAGCCAUAGCUGAUAAUACAAAAAAUUUCUUUGGGGACAAGGUGCCGAACAUGGUUCCUGAUCAGAGGCUGCUGGGAAAUUUCCUGCAAAGGAUGUUUGGAGAGAUGGCAAAAAUAGUGAACUUAGAAGAAGUAUCAAGAGAGAGAUCGGAAAUAUAGGUUCCAUAAUAUGUGGCCAAUAGCUGUA